ACUACAAAAAGAUCUAAAUUAGCUAUUUUUCGUUAGACCUAUUUUAGAGAAAGGGAUAGAGUCAUUUUGUUAGCUUUUGUUUUUCGUUUAUUUGUUAACAGAAAAUCAAAACAAACAAACAAACAAAAAGGUCAAACAUAUAGAAACAUCGUAACUUUAUCUGUAUUUUCCAGACAAAAAUUGUAGACAUUUAAUUGAUCCUUCUGCCACUGUUAAAAUUUUGUAUUACAACUUCUUCUUUUUCUUAUUUCUUUUUUAGAAAUAAGAAAAAGAAGAAGAAAGAAAUACAACGAUGGGAACAUUGAAUACUCUUAGAAAGGCAUAUGGGGUUCUCAAAGACAAAACCAAGAUUGGCCUUGCAAAAUUCAACAGUAAUUUCAAGGAAUUAGACAUUACAAUUAUAAAAGCGACCAACCAUAUUGAAUCUCCUCCAAAAGAACGGCAUGUUCGAAAAAUAUUUGCAGCAACGUCAGUAUCACGACCACAAACAGAUAUAGCAUAUUGCGUUCAAGCUUUAGCAAAAAGAUUAUCCAAGACUCGAAGCUGGAUUGUUGCUACAAAGAUAUUGAUAGUUAUUCAUAGAACAUUAAGAGAAGGAGAUCCUACCUUCCGAGAUGAGCUUCUAAACUACGCUCAUAGAGGAAAUUUUCUCCAAAUAUCUAACUUUAAAGAUGAUUCAAGUCAUUUUGCAAUAGAUUAUACAGUAUGGGUUAAGACGUAUGUAAUUUUUCUAGAAGAGAGACUCGAUUGUUUUAGAGUGUUACAAUAUGACAUUGAAGCAGAACGAUUGAUAAAAUUAGCAUCCGGUGGCUCAAGCAAGGGACAAAGUAGAAGAAAGAGUACCGAGGAAUUAAUAGAGCAAUUGCCAGCACUACAACAACUUCUUUCUCGUCUUAUCGGCUGUCAGCCUGAAGGAGCGGCUUCUGAUAUUUACCUUAUCCAAUAUGCAUUAGCUUUGGUAUUAAAAGAGAGUUUCAAAAUAUAUUGUGCUAUCAAUGAUGGAAUUAUGAAUCUCAUAGACGUGGUAGUUUUUAGAAUGUCACAAGAUGAUGCAAUCAAAGCUCUCGAAAUAUACAAAAGAGCUGGUCAACAGGUAGAAGAACUGGCUGAAUUUUAUGAAUAUUGCAAAGGAUUAGAACUUGCUAAGAACUUUCAGUUUCCAACAUGAAGACAGCCACCACCAUCUUUUCUUGCAACAAUGGAAGAAUAUGUAAAAGAAGCUCCACAAUCGGGUUCUGUCCAAAAUAAAUUAAAUUUGAUUCUAGGAAAAUGA